AUGUCUUUGUACCCGUGGCUGCGGAACGAGCACGGAGAGCGAAAGUCAGCAGGAGACGUGGAUGUCCAGAGGUACGUGCCGCUGCUGCUGACCACACACGGCGCAAAUUGCACCUCGCGGGAUGCUUCCCCGGAGGCUGCUCAGGCGCCCCGCUCCUCUUUCCACCUGAGCGUCACUGCGGAGGAAUCUUUGGCGCGCUUCCUCUCCGAUUUUCACCUGGAACCGGACAAGAAAAUAGCAACAGCCCUGGCGACGAGGGCACCGCGCCGGGCACGGCCCCGCCGCUCCCACUGCCCACGCCGAGCGGCCGGGGAGCAGCGCUGCGCCCCGCAGGGGCCGCACGCAAAAAGUGCGGACAGCGCUUUGCUUGCUCGUGAGCAAGAGACCGCGGCGCGGGGCGAGCGAGCAGCAGGGGCAAGUUGCAAGACUGCCGCAAGGAAGAGUUACAAUCUGGUGAAGAGGAAGCUAAACAAGACGGUGCGUGUGGCGCGGCUGCGGGAGGAAGAGAUGCUCCGUGACUCCGCUUCGGCCCCGGAGCGCAGCGGCCCCGCGGCCCCCGCCCCCGAGCUGCCGGUGUCCCCUUCGAAAGAGGCAACAUCUGGGGAUACCCGGCCCGGGGCGGUUGAGGAGCGGCCGCGGGCCGUUUCUGGAGCCGGGCCGAGCGCUGACAGCCGCGUGUCGCCGGCAGGGAAGGCGCAGCAGGGCCUGACGGAGCGCUACCGGGUGGGCUCGCUGCUGGGGCGCGGCGGCUUCGGCAGCGUGUUCGCGGCGACGCGGCUCUCGGACGGCGCCCCGGUGGCCAUCAAACGGGUGCCACGGAACCGCAUCCGUCAUUGGGGCGAGCUGCCCAACGGCACCAGCGCACCACUCGAGGUCGUGCUGCUGGACAAGGUGUCCACCGGCUUCCCUGGUGUGGUGCAGCUCCUCGAGUGGCUCGAGCUCCCCAACAACGUGGUGCUGGUGAUGGAGCGGCCGGAGCACUCUCAGGACCUGCUUCAUUUUAUUCGAGAGCGGGGCUUCCUGUCAGAGGAGGUGGCACGGGAGCUCUUCCGCCAGGUCCUGGAGGCCGUGCGGCACUGCACCAGCUGCGGGGUCCUUCACAGGGACCUGAAACCAGAGAACAUCCUGGUUGACCUGGCCACCGGCCAGGCCAAAUUGAUUGACUUUGGCUGCGGCACCCACCUGCAAGACACAGCCUACACCCGCUUUGCAGGAACACCAUCGUACAGCCCCCCGGAAUGGAACCACUUUGGCUGGUACUACGGCGAGGCAGCUACCGUCUGGUCCCUGGGCAUCGUGCUGCACCAGAUGGUCUGCGGGCAGCACCCAUUCCCGAAGGGCCGGAACAUCAGCUGGGGCCAGCUGUCGCUCCCACAACGGCUCUCUCAAGACUGCAAGGAACUCAUCAGAUGGUGUCUGUCCCUGCACUCCUUGGACAGGCCCUCAUUAGAAGACCUGUCGUGUGAUCCUUGGCUGCAGGAUAUUCACCAUCCGUAGAAGAAGGGAGAGAGCCACAGGCACACUUUGAUCCAGGGAGCCGCCGCAGGGAAGAAGGAGCCCCUGGAGAAGCUGUGCCAGGUGGGGCUGCUGCGUCUGGAGACAUGGAGGACGACGUCAAGGAUGACGAGCUCUUCCUCGACCUGGCCACCGGCAAGCUGAAGAUGAUGGGCUUUGAUUCUGGCACCUUCUUCAAAGCCAGGCUCCACAGCGAAUUUACAGAUGAGUCCACACCCAGGGGGAUGCUCCCAGAUUUGGGCAUUGCACGGCCUGGCCGGGAAGCAAAGGUUCCCCCCUUUGCUGGGGCGGAUGCAACUAAUUCUUCAGCCGGCUGCCAAGCUGCUUUUCGGCGGGGCGGGCGGGAUGGGCUGGGGUGCUUACGAAAUGGGAGUCGGCCCCUGGCCCUGCCAACAGCCCCCACCACCCACUGUUCCCCGGGCUGGGGCUGGGGC